UUUCCCUACUCUACCAGUCUUCCUUCUUUCAAUUUUUCUAUUUAUUUCCAUUUCAGUCCUUUCUCUCUCCCUUGAUACUCCCUUUGCUUUGGUGUGGUGUGAGAGACACUCUCCUCUCUUCUCUUCUUUCUCUCAAACUAGUUUUAGUUUCGAUUCUCAAACAAUUUCAGGAGCGAACCAUCAAGGGAAGGGUAUUCUCGUACUUUCACUCUCCAUGGUCACGUCCACUCACUUCAUCACCACCAGCGACACUCACUUCGUCACCGGUGCCGCCGGGUUGGGGUCAAUGUCCGCGGCGGCGGUAACUCCGGCGGUGCUCUUCACAGCCCUCGCCGGCUUUGCUCUAGUCGCCGCCGUAUUCUGCGGUGGUAGUAGGUUACUCGAAUGAAAGAAUUAUAGAGCCUCGUCGCAAUCGCAAAAACCCUAGCUAGAGGAUACUGUUUUCGAUUCCGAUUUAGUCGCACUAUUAGGGAAAACUAAACACGAAAAAGUGUACAUAGAAGGAAUUUAUAGAUGAAUCCCCUUAGACGAAGUCUCAAUUCGCAACCGUCGUCCUCGAACUCCUCUCCUUCGUCGUCGUCGUCGCAAUCGUCGUCGACCUCCUCGUCGUGGAUCCAUUUGCGAUCGGUUCUUUUCGUUGUCACUGCUUCCUCACCUGCUUCUUGUUCGUCCUCUGAUCGAGGUCGUCUUAAAUCACCGUGGUCGCGUAGGAAAAGGAAACAUGUACUUUCACCUCGGCAAUGGAAAAGCUUGUUUACCCAAGAUGGGAGAAUUCGGGAUGGUGGAAUUAAGUUCCUGAAAAGAGUUCGCAGUGGAGGUGUUGAUCCUAGUAUUAGAGCUGAAGUUUGGCCAUUCCUACUCGGAGUCUAUGACUUGGACAGUACUAAGGAAGAAAGAGAUGCUAUAAGAACUCAAAAUAGAAAGGAGUAUGAGAAAUUUCGCAGACAGUGCCGGCAACUGCUAAAGCACAAUAAUGGGAGCUUUAAGUUAAAUGAAAUAGGGGAAAUCAGCUAUGAAGGGGAUGGUGGAAGUCUUAUUCAAGAUUAUGGUUCUCCUAGUUCAGAAGAUGCAACAAGUGCAAGAGAAUCUCUUUCCAGUGAGGAUCAUAGUCCAGAUGCUGAAUAUUCAGAUGAUCCAUCUAGUGCCCUGUUGGAAGGAGACGAUGUUCCAAACGUCAGCAAUGCUGAUACCUCUGCACUGGAUACUGAUUCCACUGAUUCAGACUCCUCAGAAGGUCCUGAGAUAAUUCAGACAUUUCCUUCUGAUGAUGGUCAGGAAGACAGCAAUUCCAAGACCCCCAAGGAUAAUUCUUCUCCCUCUGUAAUGCAAGUUCCUUCAAAACUAUGGACUAAUGAAGAUUUUGCCACCUGGCAACGGAUCAUCCGACUUGAUGCAGUACGGGCGAAUGGGGAAUGGAUGCCAUACUCCCCUUCUCAAGCUGUGGUACCAGACUGUAGGGCACAUCGUUCUGCUGAGGCGGUUGGAUUGAAGGAUUAUGGUCACCUGGAUGCCAGCAGAAUCUUUCAUGCUGCUCGACUGGUUGCAAUUCUUGAAGCAUAUGCUUUAUACGACCCUGAAAUCGGCUACUGCCAGGGUAUGAGUGAUUUGCUAUCUCCUAUAGUUAGUGUUAUACCAGAAGAUCACGAGGCUUUCUGGUGUUUUGUUGGAUUCAUGAGAAAGGCUCGGCAAAAUUUCAGGCUUGAUGAGGUGGGUAUUAGGAGGCAACUAGAUAUAGUUGCAAAAAUUAUUAAGUUCAAGGAUGGCCACCUGUUUAGGCAUUUGCAGAAGCUGCAGGCCGAGGAUUGCUUUUUUGUGUAUAGGAUGGUGGUGGUAUUGUUUAGAAGGGAGUUGACAUUUGAGCAGACUCUUUGCCUUUGGGAAGUAAUGUGGGCAGAUCAAGCAGCAAUCCGAGCAGGUAUCGGGAAAUCUGCAUGGAGCAGAAUUAGGCAGCGAGCUCCACCAACAGACGAUUUAUUGCUUUACGCAAUAGCAGCAUCAGUUCUACAAAGGAGAAAGUUGAUCAUUGAGAAGUACAGCAGCAUGGACGAGAUCAUUAAGGAAUGCAAUGGCAUGACUGGACACCUUGAUGUUUGGAAGCUGCUUGAUGACGCCCAUAACUUGGUUGUCACCCUUCAUGACAAAAUGAAAAUAGAGACAUCAUUACGAUGAGUGCAGGUGAUACUGGAACAAAGCAAACCAAAGCAAACCAAAUGACGUGGCCAAAAUAUCUUUAAUUUCAAGCUGCCAGAUUUCUCCACGCAUCUAAACGUGCUGCAAAUGUUGAGUUAUUAUUACUGAACUUAGUCUGCUGCAUGACGAAACUUGCCAUGCUUAUUUACCAGGUUCCGGUUUGGACAAUGUUGGCUAAUGUGGG